UUGUCAGAGACACAGCAACAAGUUCUUACUGCUCUCAGUGAUGUACAUGCGUUGUUUGACAUGAGCACGAAGGUGACAGAGGCUUCAACUGUUGACCUCUUAAACCGUCCAGAAAUCCAGCUGGUGGCCACAUCAAUGGGUGGCACAGACAAAGGUCAACAACGAAGCCCUCCCCUGCCGAAUUCUGUUGAUGUGGAGGAACCAUAUCACCAUGAACUUGCCAUUAACAACAAGAUAUCGAACAAGAAUAAAAUUAUUACAUCAUUGAUUGCGGGUGCCUUGGCCGGGGCAUUGGCCAAAACGGCUAUUGCUCCCCUCGACAGGACAAAAAUCAACUUCCAAAGUAAGAACAUACGGUUCUCUGCUCGAGAAGCUGUCCGUUUCCUCUAUUCCUGCUUCAAACAUGAAGGUUUCCUGAGUUUGUGGCGUGGUAACACAGCCACAAUGGCUCGGAUCAUCCCUUACGCUUCCAUGCAAUAUGCUGCCCAUGAACAGUACAAACAGCUUCUGAAUCGAGACAAGAGGAAACGACAUCUGACCCCUGGUAAACGAUUUUUAGCUGGAGCUCUUGCUGGGAUGACUGCAGUUGCCUUUACCUAUCCCCUAGAUAUGGUCCGUGCUCGGAUGGCAGUCACAGCGAGAGAAAGGUAUCACAACUUACCAGAAGUGGUUGUAAAAAUUUACCGUGAAGAAGGUUUACGAACGUUAUAUCGAGGAUUUACACCAACAAUGCUGGGUAGCAUACCAUAUUCUGGGACUGGUUUCUUUACAUAUGAGUCACUCAAGAAACUUCAUGCUGAGUAUGGACCUGGUGUGGAACCUCAGCCAAUUGAAAGAUUAUGUUUUGGGGCAAUAGCUGGCCUCAUCGCCCAGUCUGCAUCGUAUCCUUUAGAUAUAAUUCGCAGGAGAAUGCAAACUGCAGGUGUAACUGGUCGUAGUCAGGAAUAUACUACUAUCUUAAAUACUGCACGCACUGUGAUAAAAGAAGAAGGUUUCCGACGAGGGAUGUUUAAGGGACUUAGUAUGAACUGGAUCAAAGGUCCGAUUGCUGUUGGGAUUAGUUUUACUACGUUUGACAUUUGUCAGAAUUGGUUACGGAGAAAGGCAAUGUUCCAUGAUGGAUGAUUUUUAACAUUUCUAAAACUUCAAAACUGCUUGACCGCUAAAAUCGGUAGAGUCUCCUAACAGCAGAUUAAAUUGGGUUAUUUUAUUUUAUUUUAUUUUAAUUUUAAUUUUAAUUUUUUUUUGUAAAUCUAUUUGUAUUACCUGUGAAAAAUAACAAUAAUAAUAACAAUAACAGCUACAACUACAACAACAACAACAACAUAUUCCAUGUAAUCACAGUGUGAAAAUAUGGAUGGGAUGUAACAUGGAGUAAACUCAAAGAAGCUAUCUCCUAAUUUGGUGGUUGAUGUAUUUUGGAUUUGAUAUCAUACAAACCUACACCCUCUCUUCUCAGAACAGGUAUUGAAUAAAACAGCUAUAUAAAUAAUAAAUGUGAGCCACCAG